UAUAUUUUCUUUUUUAUUAUUUCCACAGAAAAUUUCACCAAUUACACGCACCCAAUUUCUUAUUCUUGGUCAGCUCGCGGAAACUCCAUUGCCGUCUCCGUCUCCGUCUCCCUCUCCCGCCCGCCUGCAACUUCCGUCCAUGAUGUCGUCUCCGGCUCCGCAGGUUCGUCUUUCGACUUAGCACGCUCGUUCUAUUGCUUCGGUUCCUUCUCGAGAAGGCUCACGUGGGUUCAAGAAUUCGUGGGUAGAUGCCCAUUUGCAUGAGCUUCGUCAGGGGUACAAUUGAAAGAAAUUUCAAAAGAUUCCCGGGUUUGUUCCGAUCCUCCGAGCCCGACUUGAUAAUUCUUUGUGAUUCGCAUCCUUUGCCCGAUUCCCUCGGUACCCUUUUGUUCGUAACGCCGAAGCCGUGAGGUAGCGGUUGAAAUUUUUCCCCAUUUUUGUGUUGGGGAGCCUGGCGCUGGCUUUGGGUUGGCCCCAAGGUCCGGGCUUUUUUUAUUCAUGGAUCUGGAGUUUGUCAAGAGGUGCUUGAAUUUGUCUCCCAGGAGGAGGAAGCUGUUGAUUCUGGUGGCGUUAUGUGGGGUGUCUGGCUACGGUGCGUAUAGGGUGUAUCAGAUGCCCUCGGUGGCUAGGAAGAGGAAGAGAGUGAUGAAGCUGUUGGGCGCGGUAGUCUCGAUGGCCGAGAUGGUCUCGGAGUCGGCGGAUACUGUUGGUGUUGUCUCGAGGGACCUGAGGCAGUUCCUGCAGUCCGAUUCCGACCAGAUGCCCAAUAGCUUGAGGCAAAUUGCCAAGAUCGCCAAAUCGGACGAGUUCUGUGAGGGCGUGAGUAAGGUCACGGAGGCCUUGACUGUUGGGAUGUUGCGGGGGUAUAAGGGCAACUCGGGGAAUGGAGAGGGCUCGGAAGGGAAUCCGGAUUUUACUGACAGGGUUAUGGAUAGGUUAUUCUCAACCGCGGGGUCUGGUUUUGCUUCGGUCAUUAUCGGAAGUUUUGCUAGGAACUUGGUUAUGGGGUUUUAUGCAGCUAGCUCUACGGAUUGUAGUGAAAAUGGAGAUGGUUCGUCGAACGAAUCGAGAUGGGUGAAUGUUGUCUGCAAUGACAAGUGCAAGGAGCUCAUGGCUAAUUGCAUCCAAAAGUUUGUUAGCACGGCAGUCGAGGUGUAUCUUGACAAGACGAUGCAUAUCAACAUGUAUGAUGAGCUCUUCUCUGGGUUGACAAACCCGAGUUAUGAGGAUAAAGUGAGGGAUAUUCUGGUUACGGUUUGUAACGGUGCUGUUGAAACAUUGGUAAAAACAUCCCAUCAAGUAUUGACAAGCACAAACUCGUCUUCACCAUCUGGUGCUUCGGUUGGUCAACAAAGAGAAUGGCCUAACAUGACAGCUGAUAAGGUCUUUGAUAAAGAAGUUAUUUCAAAGCUCCAGGCGGAGAGAAUGUCCCCUAAUGGAAUUCAAAGUAAUGAAUGGUUCUCCAAAGCUUCGUCCACAUUGGCUGUGCCCAGUAAUAGGAAGUUUGUGCUUGAUGUGACAGGUAGAGUGACUCUUGAAACAAUAAGGUCUGUCCUGGCCUUUCUGUUAUGGAGGCUGUUAGAUGGUGUUAGAUAUGGCGUUGAUAUAGUUCGCGAGAAGUUUGUUGACCGGGGACUCCAGGUCAUUAGAUUCUUCGGAACAAAGUCAUAUGCCAUUGUUACUGUAUGUAUCGCUUUGUAUUUGCACAUUUACGGUGGUACUAGGGUUCUUGUACCUGCUUAGAUUGAUGGUUCUUACCUGUAUCAAGAUGUCCUGGAAGCAUCAAGUAGUAGGACCUCGCAUUAUUCUGUAUACACCCCAAAAACACGCGGCAUUCACAGUGUUCUGUAUCCUCCUGAAAAAAAUGGAAGAAUGUUUUGAUAUCAAACUGGAAUGGCUGUGCUCUAUUCUUUGGCAAAUUUGUGGUCUUUCUUCUGCUGA